AUGUUUGGGCUCUGGAGGACCUUCACCAACGUGGUUUUCUACGUCACCCUGGCCGUCGGCCUCGGGGGGCUGGUGGGCAACGGGCUGGUGCUCUGGCACCUGGGCCUCCACAUCAAGAAGGGCCCCUUCUCCGUCUACGCCCUGCACCUGGCCGCCGCGGACUUCCUCUUCCUCGCCUGCCAGGUGGCCUUCUCCAUCGUGCAGGCCGCCCUGGGCUCCCAGGACACCCUCUACUUCAUCGUCACCUUCGUGGGGUUCGCCGCGGGGCUCUGGCUGCUGGCGGCCUUCAGCCUGGAGCUCUGCCUGUCCGAGGUCUUCCCCGCCUGCUAUGAGAGCUGCCGCCCCAGGCACCUGUCGGCCGUCCUGUGCAGCCUGCUCUGGGCGCUGACCCCGCCGGCCGUGCUGCUGCCCGCCAACGCCUGCGGCCUGCUGCGCACCAGCAUGCGCCUGGGGGCCUGCGUGCGCUCCCACGCGGCCAGCGUCAUCUGGCUGCUGUCCCUGGCCGGCGUGGCUUGUGGGGCCGGGCUCGUCCUGGCGCUCUGGGUGGCCUGCUGCUCCCGGCGCCCGCGGCCCCGCUUCUACGGCGCCGUGCUGGGCUCGGGGCUGCUGCUCUUCCUCUGCGGCCUGCCCUACGUCCUCUACUGGAGCCUGCGGCCCCUCCUCAACCUCCUGUUGCCCCUGUUCCGCCCGCUGGCCACCCUCCUGGCCUGCAUUCACGCCAGCUGCAGGCCCCUCAUCUACCUCACUGUGGGCCGGCAGCCGGGAAAACGCCAGCCGCUGCGGGCCGUCCUCCAAAGGGCCCUGGGGCACGGGGCCCAGCCGGAGCCGAGGGCACCGCCCCUGCCCAUGGACGCCAUAUAG